AUGGAGAAGAAAUACGAGAAGCCUGAGAAAAAUGGUUCAUCUUGCUCGUUCUGGUAUGACCAUUGGGUCGGGGAUGAAUCGCUAAAGGACACAAUUGGCGCUUCUGGCCUUCGCCUGUUGGGUCUCCCGGCUGAGUCUAAAGUUAUAGGCGCCGUCGUCAACGGUCAUUGGAAGCUCCCGGGGUCCAGAAAUCGAUGCCCCCUGCGCCAAUCUCUACGCGAUCUGCUCCUCCCCACUCCUGUUCCUGUCUUCUCGAAUGGAUCUGAUAUCUUCUAUUGGCACUAUGGUAACACAACCCUUAAGCCAUUCUCUGCUAAGGCAACAUGGGAGGCGAUUAGACCUGCUGCUGCUUCUGUGCCUUGGAGUAAAAUAGUAUGGUUGCCAGUCCGUGCAAGGUUAUCGCAAUGGGGAAUAUCCUCGGAUAUGUGUUGUUCUUGCGGCUUGUUUGUUGAGACUCGGGACCACCUGUUCCUGCAUUGUGACUUCGCAUCUCAGGUCUGGCAAAGAAUCCUUACAAGGCUGGGUCACGCUCCUAACCUCUUUCUCAACUGGGAUGCGCUUAUCAGUUGGUUAUCAUCUACUGUAGGCCCGUCUCCAAGAAUCCUAAAAUGCUGGGUCGUUCAAGCAACAAUCUUCUUCAUUUGGCGUGAACGGAAUGUGCACUAUCACACCGACACCUCGCUGUCUCCUGAGAUCGUCUACAAGUUCAUUGACCGCUCUAUCAGAGACUUACUCCUGGCUUUCCUCAGGACGAAUCCAUCUUUUACUCACCUAUCAACCUGGUUCACUUAG